CAAAGGGUCAUUUUUUAUCUUGCAAUUCUGCCAAAACCACUUAAGGACUCAGAGGUUUCUGAAAUAAUACCUCUUUUUCAAAAUACGAGACCACCACUUGAACUUCUGGAAUUUAUGUAUAAAAGCAUUCAGAAAAUAAUAUCAGAUUCUUAAGAACUCUAACAUGAUUCGGAAGGACUUGCGUGUGUCGGGAACUUACUUGUUAUGUAAUGGCAAUCGCAUCCACAAAUUCAGGAUAAAAUGGCGCUCGAAGAGUACACCCACUAUGGAGCAAAGACGUGAAGUGAUGCGAGUAACUGAAGACAUUGUCAAAACAAAUAAUCUUCCAGAAAGAAUAACAACGGGUCAGCUGAAAAUUACUACCAAAAUAUCUUUCUGGAGUCCUAGAUCCAAAGCACUCUCCUUACGUCAGUUUAGGUCUGAGAAGCAAGGGCAUCUUUCAGCACAUAAACAUUCAUAUGUUUUGAGGGUUUCUCUUGCUGACAGCAAAGAACAACAAGACUGUGAACAUGUGCAUACUUUUUCUUUCAUGCACAGUGAAGUUGGUUGGAAAAAUGAAUUACAACCAUUUCAUCCAGAGAAGAAAGCUGUUGAAACUGUUGCCAAUGGCAUUAAUUUUGUACAAAUGAAUGGGAUACAGUUGCACACCAAAGAUGCAGGUGCUAUGAUGCAUGAUGGUAAACAUAUGUGUCAGAAUCAAGCUAAUACAAAAGAUUCAGUUGAAGUAAUAGCAGACAGAUAUGAUGGAGAACAACAUUUUGCAAGAACCAAUGAAACCGAACAAGAUUUUGUUUCAAGAAUUGAAAAAUUGGAAAAACUGGUGGAGAGAGCUUGUAUGGCUGCCAAAGUCCAUCAGAAUCAAGCUAUGAUUGUUGGUUAUAACAAAGAACAAGAUGCCUCAGGAGUAGCAGCAGCCAGCAUGAAAACAGAAAUUAUAAAUAGCAGUGGGGCAACUAGUCCCACAAUAAAGUUACAUCAUGAUUUAGAAUAUGAACCCAAAGAGAUUGGGAGCUCUGUUAAUGCUAGGAAAAACUCCUCCUUUCCAAUUAUAGAUGCAGGAACACACUGCCAAAAUGAAACCAUAUUAACAUAUGACAGAUAUGUUAAACAUCCAUCUUCAACUAACAAACUGGCUGCAGCUCAUCUGCAGGUUGUCACUACUCACUGGAAAUUUGGUAACAUCAAAGUUUCUACGAACAGAAACUUAGACACAUUUGAUAUAAGUAAAGCUGCAAUCCACAGGCAGUGUUCAGCUUGUAAUAUCCAUGCACAUAAGGUGCCUGUAGACUACAAGGAAAAAAAUGCUGUGGCAAAACCUCAGGCAUGUGAGUUACCAUUGACAGUUAGCUCUUACAGUGCACUCACUCAUGAUACUUGCACCGUAAGACAGAAUUACAAGUUGCCUGAUAAAAUGAGUGUGUGUAGUAAAGUAACUGCAAAUGUUGCGAUCAAACGUAAAAGGCGGCACAAUCAAAAUGAAAGCGAAAUUUGUGAGUUACCAAAGAAGAGAAGGGUGACAAGUGCAGGUAUAGCCCCAGUAAUUUUGGGACCUCCAAGUUUCCAAGAAUUCAGCCCUUAUCAUGAAGGUGUGAUGUCAGUAUUCAAUGCCUUGAAAACAUUUCAAAAUAUUCUUGGUGGAGCUGAAGGCAGAAACAAAGUAGAAUCAAAUCUUACAGAUCUUGGUGAAAAUUUGGAGAAUUGGCUUACGUAUCAAAGUAGUCUUUCAAGAUUAAGGGCUGUGCCUGGGGUUAAUAGUGACAAAAAAUUGAGAGAGAUACGUAGAUAUAUAAUACGAUAUUUAAGAAACAGAAAUGCAAAUAUGGCAUUUUCCCAACAAAAUGAAAAACUUUUAUGUUCUUCUCCGGAUUUGCGGAUUUGUGAUACACAUUCUGACCGUCACACUAAAAGAGCCCUUAUUGUGAGGUCAGAAGAAAAUGAAAUUAUAAUGCAAGAUUUAUCCAAAGAAUCUUGGCGGAGCACUCUUGGUAAAAUUGGAGGAAGAUGCUACAAAAAUUCAUCAGCAGUACAAAUGAAGUCUGAGUCACACGUGUGCUCUAGUGGUAGUCAAAAAACAUGUGUAUCAAGUCAGAGUCAAGAGCUGAGAGCAUUCAACUCAACUGUUAGCAUUAAGCAACAAACUGUAGAAGAAAAUAAUUCAUUACAAGACAACCUUCAUAAGUCAAAAAUGUGUGAGCCUGCAGUAGAACACAUUGGUGAAACUGAGUGUUCAAAUGUCCAAAAUGUCAAGGUUGGAUCGAUUGAUAACAGAAAUUAUCAACCUUUGGAUGCAGAAAAUGCUGAAAAAUUAAGAUAUAUGGUGAAAGGAGAUAAUGGCAUGUACAAAUGCACACCAACAAGUGAAAACUUACUAAAAGACAAGGACAAAUACGAAGUAGAAACUAAUGGUGUAGUACACAUAUUAAGUUUUGGAGAUGAUUUUUCUGGCAUUGUCAAACCAAGGUGCUCUUCUAUGGAAGAAGAAAUGCAUUUAGGAAGGGUAAAGAGACCUGUCCAAGUUCACUAUGAUGAAAUUUGUAUACCCAGUGUUUCGUAUUAUAGAUCACCACAUUUUAGUGCUACGAAUUCAGUAAAGCAAAAGGACAAUAUUGGUUGCAGCAGUGGCCCUGGUCUGUUUGAGAGGGAUAAUGCACUAGAUACUGCCUCUGGUUGUCGCAGUCAUUUACAAAUUAACAGUGAAUUGAAAGUUGCUCAGCAUUCUUUAGCAAAACCCAUUACCAGCAAGACUGCUGAUGUAUCACCGAAAGAGGUCUUGUUGAAUGCUGCCAUGAAAUUGGCAUCUUUGAAAGAACUUCAAACCAUUCCUUCAAUCCGUGCGCUUCGUACAACUUUGAUACAGCAAGGAGUUGACAAGGCCAUAGAGCAAACAAAAUUGUCAUCUUCAGUGUAUCCUGAGUGUUAUAUUUCUACUUGCUCACAGGAUUUUUCUUUACAUGAAAUCCCACUAAAAUCAAUAUCAAGAACAGUCACAACUGCUUCAGAUAGCUGCAACACAUUAGACAGAUUUGAAAAUUGUUCUAAUACAAGCACUGCUGGAUCUUUGACAGAAAGUUAUUCAUCAGUAUUUGAAGGUUUAGGUAAGAAUGACUGUAACAAUGUAAACAGGUCUCAGAACUGUAGACCUCAAAAUUUUCACUGGAAAAUGUCAUCUGAAAAGAUCGUGCCUCCAGACCCUGUUGUACCAUCAGUUCACAGUAAGACAUAUGUAAUUGCUAAUCCUGUGAGAGUGAAUGUUGGGAAAUUGUUAUCGUGUUCCAAAAUACAAGUAUUCUUCACAACGGAACUUUAUGUUAAUGCUGAUUGUCUGCCAAGAUUAACUGACUGUAAAUUACACAAUAUGUCACCAAACUCACAGGCAUCAUCAAAUGGAGAAGGUGAUUUGAUUAAAUCUUUCCUUCAAUUAAUGGCAUUUAAUGCAGCUCAGAAAGCCUGCCCAAGUUUCAGCAAUCAACCUAGUAUGGCAAAUCAGUCUCUGAGAUUCAAAAUUUCUGAAAGAGACAAACUGCAUGCAACUUCCCCUAGUGAUUGUGUUGUUAAUUCAAAUAAAAUGACACUUUCUCAUGCAUACAACUUUUUAAAAUGUACAUGUCUUUCCCCAGAAACAACAGAAUCCAUUUCAUCUGCGUUUUCUCACUGUAAGUGCCCUCCUUCGGUUAAAUUCCAGGGUGUAUCUGCUUCCUAUACUGUGAUGAGCUCUCAAGCAAAAAGAAUAACUCCUCGUAGACAGUUAAUUGACAUAAUUCAUAACAUUAAAUCAGAUGUAAAGGAUAGAAGCAAUAUUUGUGACAGACAGCACUGCUUUUAUUUUCAUGUUGAUGAAGAAGAAUCAGUUGAAGGGUUUUACUCAACAGUAGAAAAAUACUGCUCAGCUCUUUCUAAAUUUCACAGCCAUCAAUAUACCUCAUCAAGAAGCAUUGAGAUACUUCUGCGCGACAUAUGGUUACCGGGACACAAGCAUAGUAUAUCAUUUUAUGUAAACUUACCGUUGCAGAAAUGUAAAUGCAGCUAUUGUGGUUUGGAUACUACUGUAGAAUUAUGCCUCAAUUGUGGUGAGCUUUUUGAGCGGACAGAAUUGGGGAAUUAUGUUCCUUUCGACAAUCAAAAAACUCCAGAGCAUGUAAAUAUGAAAAUGGAAACUAGCGAAGCAGCUGUCGAAGUUUUGAACCUGGUAAAUAAUCUGUAUUUAUGCAAACCAGUUGUUGUUGUACAAAAAACUGAUACCAAUGUGUGUAAGCAGAAUAAAACUAGUGGACGUAUAAGGAAAAAACCUAAGCAUCUGUGCUGCACAGUCUAGGAAAGCUUCAGCACAAAACAGGACGGUAUUUUGUUGCAUAAUACAUUGGAAAUGUGCGAAAUAAGGACAUUUCAGUGUGCAAGGGGAACCAACCUCUAUGUAUAUUAUUCUGUUAAUAGCUGUGAUAAUGUAAGUUGCUGUUUUUCAAGAUAAUGUUUCCAAACAAAGAAAAUUAUUACAUUAAAUGAAUGGUAUCAGCACUGGAGCACAAAGGUCCCAGUAUUUGAAAUCAAUUAAACCGGAUAAUAUAUAUUCCCCCCAACCCCCCUGUGUGCGCUCUCUCUCCCUCUCUCC